ACAUCUGCGCCGUCUCCAACAUCUCUUCGUUUCUGCAUCGCCGUCUCCCUCCAACAUCCUCUCCAUCUUCAGCGUUCUCUUUGCUGGAAUCAGAAGCCGCCCGCUGCCGACCUUCCUCUGUCGUCCCUAGGUCGGAUCUCAUCUCCAAAAUUAGGAAUGAAUCUCCCAGAUUCUGGGCAAUUGACAAUAUAUUAAGAGUUGCUAAAGCGCUACAUAGACGUCGGUCUAGCAUCAAUCAACAAAGAGGGGAAUAUGGAAUACUCAUGUUGGAUGGGAGACAUUCUCCUCUAUAUAGAUUUUGCCAGCAAUAUACACAUUCAGCUAGAGGAUAUAACUCAUUUACGGCUUAUAACAUUAGAAGUGGUCUAUACAACAAUCUCCUUAAAAAAUUUCAGGCCAUUUCAGCAAAUAAAGCUGUUGCAUGUAAACGCCAGACUUCUCGCCCCAUAAGUAGAAUUGCUCAAGCAGUUAUUUUGUCCCUGACCCGCUCACAUGUCAUUCUUCCUGGAGUUUUUUCCGUAUUAUGUGGAAGAAGUGUUGCAUUGGCACGGGCGCCUCCUGACACGGAUUUCAUCCGCCCCAGAAAUACACUGUAUAUGCAUGCUCAAGACAGCCAUGCUAUCUUCAAGCAGCUGGUCCAUUCAAUAUUUGAAGGUUUAGUUUUAUUGUUAAGAGGGAUUUAUUUGACAAUACUCUUUACCCCGAGCAUAACAAUGGCUCCAUUUGCUGAUGCUUUUGGACCUCGCUUCCGUAAACUAUGGCUUGAAGUUAUUCAUCGGACCCUCGAAAGAGCCGGACCAGCUUUUAUAAAGUGGGGCCAGUGGGCAGCUACACGCCCAGAUCUGUUCUCUAGUGAUUUAUGUACUCAACUUUCAAAGCUUCAUACCAAGGCCCCAGAGCAUUCAUUUGCUUAUACAAAGAAAGUGAUUGAGAAAGCUUUUGGUCGUAAAAUUUCAGAAAUUUUUGUCGAUUUUGAGGAAACACCUGUAGCAUCUGGGAGUAUAGCUCAGGUGCAUCGAGCUACUUUGAAGUAUCGGUAUCAUGGUAGGGAGAUCAAGCCCAUUGAUGUGGCUGUUAAAGUUCGACAUCCCGGAGUUGGUGAAUCUAUUAAAAGAGACUUUGAAAUUAUUAAUAUGUUUGCUAGAAUGUCGAAGUACAUUCCUACUUUAAAAUGGUUGAGAUUGGAUGAAAGUGUCCAGCAAUUUGCAGUUUUUAUGAUGUCCCAAGUAGAUCUUGCAAGGGAAGCUUCCCAUCUGAGUCGUUUCAUUUAUAAUUUCCGGAGAUGGAAGGACGUGUCUUUUCCUAAGCCUGUUUACCCACUUGUGCACCCUGCAGUGUUAGUAGAAACCUUUGAGCAAGGGGAAUGCGUCUCUCGUUAUGUUGAUGGGAUGGAGGGGAAUGAGCGACUUAAGAGUGCUCUUGCUCACAUUGGGACACAUGCACUUCUCAAAAUGCUUCUGGUAGACAACUUUAUGCAUGCUGAUAUGCAUCCUGGGAAUAUUCUAGUAAGGGUACCUCAGAGCAAGUCAUCUCGAAGGCGUAUCUCCAAAAUGAAGCCUCAUGUCAUUUUCCUUGAUGUAGGCAUGACUGCUGAACUCUCAAAAAAUGACAGAGGAAAUUUACUUGAAUUUUUUAAGGCUGUCGCUUCCCGAGAUGGUCGUGCAGCAGCUGAAGCUGCAUUGAGAUUAUCAAAGAAGCAGAACUGCCCCAACCCAGGGGCUUUCAUUAAGGAGGUCAAAGAGUCUUUUGAUUUUUGGGGGACACCAGAAGGUGAUGUAGUCCACCCUGCUGACUGCAUGCAUCAUCUACUUGAGCAAGUUAGGCGUCACCAAGUAAACAUUGAUGGAAAUGUGUGCGCUGUGAUGGUGACGACUUUAGUCUUGGAGGGUUGGCAAAGGAAACUCGAUCCUGAUUAUGACAUAAUGCAAACGCUGCAGGCUUUGCUGCUCAAAGCUGACUGGGCAAAGUCAUUAGCGUACACAAUAGAGGGAAUUAUGGCUCCAUAAUCUCCCCUUCCAAUUUCAUCUGGGAAAACUUUGUCUUGCAAUUAACACUGCAUUUUGGUUCANAAAGUCAAAGAAACCAAAAUUCUGAAUCUUGUUUUGUUCUCUCACGCCGAGUGCUAUCCAUGGGUUGUUUUUUGGACAGGGUUGGCAAAGGAAACUCGAUCCUGAUUAUGACAUAAUGCAAACGCUGCAGGCUUUGCUGCUCAAAGCUGACUGGGCAAAGUCAUUAGCGUACACAAUAGAGGGAAUUAUGGCUCCAUAAUCUCCCCUUCCAAUUUCAUCUGGGAAAACUUUGUCUUGCAAUUAACACUGCAUUUUGGUUCAUAUAAAACUGUGCCAAGGUUGAUUUUUGUUAGGGAAAAGUUUACUUUGUAUGUAGCAUUUUGGUUUUCAAAAGCUUGUCAGCCUGGCUGUUGGAUAAUCCCUGGGAAAUCUUUUUUUUUACUGGUUAACUAUAGUCAAAUCUGCAGUGUCCUCAAUAUGUAUAAAUAAGUUAGUUCUUGACGGUGCAAAUUCCACAGAGAAUGUCUUCUUCAUCUU